AUGCCUGGUGGAGGUGCUGCAGUCUCCGCGUCUGGAAUGCAACGCGGCCAAAAGUCGCAUGUUGUUGGCAUUCUAAUGGCCUCGUUUGCCGCCUUUGGAGGAAUCCUAUUCGGAUAUGAUACUGGUGUCAUCUCUGGCAUCAAAGAAAUGAACUUUUGGCUCAAGACAUUUGGCUACGAGACAUCUCCAGGAAGCGGAGAGUACACCAUUUCGACUCCCAAUGAAUCCCUCAUCGUCUCCAUCUUGUCCCUCGGCACCUUUUUCGGUGCUCUCUUUGCUGCUCCAAUGGCAGAUCUUAUGGGUCGUCGCUGGGGUAUCAUUGCUGCCUCUAUGAUCGUCUUCAGCGCCGGUGUAGCCAUGCAAACCGCUGCCACUGCAGUCCCGCUCUUUGUUGCCGGUCGUGUGUUUGCUGGUCUCGGUGUCGGUAUGAUCUCGUGCUUGGUCCCCAUGUACCAGGCAGAGUCGUCUCCCAAGUGGAUCCGAGGUGCCGUCGUCUCGUGCUACCAGUGGGCCAUUACGAUUGGUCUCCUCCUCGCUGCCUGCGUCAACCAGGCUACAAAGGACCGCAACGAUUUUGGCUCGUACCGUAUCCCUAUUGCUAUCCAGUUUGUCUGGGCCGGCGUCUUGUCCAUUGGCAUGUUCCUCCUCCCCGAAUCGCCUCGUUACCUCGUCAAGCGUCACCGCUUUGACGAUGCCGCUCGCUCGCUCUCCCGCCUCCUCGGUGUACCCACAGAACACCAGGACGUCCAACUCGAGCUCGAGGACAUCAAGGCAAACUUGCGCAUGGAAGAAGAAGUCGGACAAUCCUCUUACCUCGAUUGCUUCAAGAUGGGCCCCAACAAGAUUCUCUUCCGUACCCUCACCGGUAUCUUCCUCCAGGCCUGGCAACAGCUCACCGGUAUCAAUUUCAUCUUCUACUACGGUACUACCUUCUUCAAAAACUCGGGUAUUGCCGAUCCAUUCCUCAUCACCAUUGCCACCAACGUUGUCAACGUCUGCAUGACCAUUCCAGCCUUUUGGGCCGUUGACCAUGUCGGUCGUCGUCGUCUCCUCCUCAUUGGUGCCGCUGGUAUGCUCGUCUGCGAGUACCUCGUCGCUAUCAUUGGUGUCACCAUCUCCGUCUCCAACCAAGCCGGUCAAAAGGUCCUCGUCGCCUUUGUCUGCAUCUACAUUGCCUUUUUCGCCUCUACAUGGGGUCCGAUCGCUUGGGUCGUCACCUCGGAGAUUUUCCCACUCGCUAUUCGCGCAAAGGCCAUGUCCAUGACCACUGCCUCGAACUGGCUCUGGAACUUUGGAAUCGGAUAUGCAACUCCAUACCUCGUCAAUGAAGGCUAUGCAAACCUCCAGGCAAAGGUCUUCUUCAUUUGGGGAUCUACUUGCGUCGGAUGCCUCGUCUUCACCUACUUCUGCAUCCCCGAAACCAAGGGAUUGUCUCUCGAACAAAUCGACAUUCUCUACCAGAACACCACGCCCAUCAAGUCGGUCGCCUACCGCAACCAGCUCAUCGCUCACGACGUUCACGUCGCCGAUACCGACGCCAUUCACCGUGUCAAUACCGAUCUUGGUGUUGAAAAGGGUGUCCACGAAAAGGGCGAGACCUCAAACGAGGAGCGUGUCUAG